UUGUGUCACUUCAACAAAUUUUUCAGCACGUAUCGACAAGGACCGUCACCUAACGUCACUUCAUACCCUGACCCGAGGCAUGUUGCACCAAAUGUCGUAAACUCCACUGAAGCUGCUAAUCUUACGGAAGCAUCAAUUUGGGUAGAAGAACUCGUGCCAGAAACUAAAGUCUUCAAAUCAGCAAUGACUCCUGCACCGGCUCAGCUAGGUACGGCGGUAGGAUUUUCACAGCUUCUAGCCGAGGAUCCGAUGAAAUCAACGGGUUUAGCGGCGAUCGAAACAUUGUUGACGGCACUCGAGAACAGCAACGCUACCACCGUAAAUGAGUUGAAUAAGGAGCUGACUGAAAUUGUGAACGGUAUGGCGAAAACAGACCACAGCUCGACCUCGAUUAGGAGCGCCAGUGAUCUUUUCCGAAGGUAA